GGGGGUGGCUUUCAUAGGUGGUUUGAAAGAGGUGAAACCUCAAAUACAGUACAACCCCAAAAAAGGGUCAAUGAAGAAUAUAAAUCUGAAGAGAUGGUGGAUGUAGAUGUGAUGAAUGAUGGAUAUGGGCUGGAUAUCACAGAUAUGGACUACAUUAUAAAACAAGUUACACAAUUGAGGAAAUCAGGUUACACUGAUGUAGACAUUAUGAGAUGCCUUGAAAUUACAAAAGCACAUUUACAAGAGUUUGGAACUGUGGUUGCUAAUGUUGAAGGUGGACUGGAAGGAGAUGGACAGGGAGAUGGAGAAGAAGAAGAUAGAGAAGGGGAAAGAGGUGAAGUUGAAGAUGUUCAAGGAAAUGAAGAAGGUGGAGAAGGAGUUGAAGUGGAAGUUGAAGAUGUUGAAGGAAAUGAAGAAGGUGUCCCAAUGAAUGAUCCAGUACAACAAGGGCAUUUUGGGAAUAAUAUGCAACAAAGAAUAAGGAGACCCUCAGAGAGGAUCAUUCUUCAGAAGUUGAAAAAGAAGGUGGUUGACCCUCUUGGUAUAGGAAUGUGUCAAGAUAAGGCAUUUAUUAUAGAUCAAGGAUAA